UCCAAAAAUUGGUUUUCAAAAAAAAAAAUCUCUCAACUGAAAACAACAUGCUCUGCUCAGCUCACUUCAACGUUCCCUCCUCUCUCUUCCUCAGACCCCUCAACACUUCCCAACUCACGACAACACCAAACUUUAUUACAACUCUUCGCAGAGCAAAUCCAACAAUAACAUGCAAUUCCCAACCCAGUCCCAAGCCUAGAAAACGACCCGCCAUGGAUGGCCAAAAGCCCACCUCCAGAAACCGCAGGAAAUCAUCGUACGGCGCUUCUAGAAGGUCCAUUCUCAAGAAAACCUUCACCCAAGAGCAGGUCAACUUCACCGCCCCUGUCUCCGACGACCCAGUUGUCGGGAUUAUUGGCGGUGGCAUGGCGGGCUUGCUUUGUGCUCUCAAUUUGGAGACACGUGGUGUCCGCUCCACGGUGUUCGACACGGGGAUUCAUGGUUUAGGAGGAAGAAUGGGAACCAGAAUAAUUGAUCCUCAGCCCCUAAUAUUUGACCAUGCGGCUCAAUUCUUUACUGUCAGCGAUCCUCGGUUUGCUGAGCUGGUUCAGGGUUGGUCCGAGGAAGGUCUGGUGAGACAAUGGCUUGGUACAGUGGGAGAACUUGAAGCCGGAGGUCAUUUUGUUCCACUUCCUUCUUCUCCUCCAAGAUAUGUAGCUGUCAAUGGAAUGCGUCUCCUUGCUGAUUCGAUACUCUCGCAGACACGCAUGAUUGAUGUGGUGAGGCCGUGCUGGAUAAGCAAACUCGAGCCAUAUAACGGGAUGUGGUACUUGAGUGAGAAUGGAAAACCUCGUGGACAGUUCGACGCAAUUGUUAUUGCACAUAAUGGAAAAUGUGCAAAUCGCUUGCUUGCAUUAUCGGGUUUACCACUAAUUGCAAGACAAAUGAAGAGGCUGGAAUUGAGUUCUAUAUGGGCGCUUCUUGCGGCAUUUGAUGAUCCUCUUCCUGUUCCUGGGAGUGAUGGAUUUCCUUUAGAAGGAGCUUUUGUGAAAGGAGUUGAUUCUGUCUCAUGGAUGGCAAAUAAUACAAAGAAACUUUUAGGUUCCAGUAUUGAUGGUCGUAACUGUUGGACCUUCUUCAGCACUGCAGCUUUUGGGAAGCGAAACAAAGUUCCACAGGAAAACAUACCAAGUGCCGCUGCAGAGAAGGUGAAGGCAGGAAUGCUUGAAGGUGUUGAAGUUGCUCUAGGAUUAUCCGAAGGUUCACUUCCGAGGCCCUUCUACACCCGACUGCAACUAUGGGGUGCAGCGCUUCCAACUAAUACACCUGGUAUCCCGUGCAUCUUUGAUCCACAAGGAAGGGCGGGUAUAUGCGGCGAUUGGCUUCUAGGUUCAAGUUUAGAGUCAGCAGCCUUGAGUGGAAUGGCCCUUGCCAAUCAUAUUGCAGAUUAUUUCCAAAAUUCUGGACUUAAUGCAGAAGAGUUUGCCGUUGGUUUACAUAAGGAAUUUCAACCGCUCGAGGGACACGAUAUUGGGCAAUUUCCGGGGCUGGAAUCUGAAAAGAAAGGCAGUAAAGCGAUGGAAUAUCAACUUACUACCUGAAGUGACGCCAAACCAUUGAAGAUAUUGUUUCAGUUUUGGUAAUUGUGGUUGCGCAAUUGCAUGUCAAUACCAUAGAGAAUUUUGAAACAUCAAAAACAAAAUUUUGGAACUAUUAGUGU